AUGUCUCCCAGGCUGUUCCUGUGCGCUCUGGUUUUGGCGACGCACCAGUGGACGCAGCGCUGCAGCGGAUUUAAUAUAGAUGCUCGGUUUCCAGUGAUCAAAGAGGGGAAGACCAAAGGCAGCUUCUUUGGGUUCUCGGUGGCUCUGCACGAACAGACGGCGGGCUCCAGGAAAUACCUGCUUCUUGCAGGUGCACCCAAAGAGAAGGCCAACUCUCUACAAAAUGUCAAUGAAACAGGUGCCGUCUACUCUUGUCCAAUCAACACGGACACCAAGGACUGCUCCAGGAUGGACCUGGUCAGCACAACGAACCCUUCUGAGAUGGUGGAGGGCAUGUGGCUGGGUGUGACAGUGGCCAGUCAGAGGGACAAUCUGUCCAGACGUGUGAUGGCGUGUGGGCAUCGGUACGUGAAGAUCAUCAACGCCGGUGCUGGAGAGCAGCAUCAGAUGAUAGGGAAGUGCUACGUGAGGAGCAAUGACCUGACCUUUGACCAAAACGAUUACUGGCAGACUUACAGUUACGAGGUCUGCAACCCCAACUUAGACAUGAAUGCCGAGGCCCUGUGCAACAUGGGCAUCUCCGGUGGCAUGACAGACACAGACAUCUACAUUGGCUCCCCAGGCAGCUACACGUGGCAAGGAAAUGUUCACACGAUAUGGAGAGAUCAGGAUCCAGCAAAUGCAUGGGACUCCAGGAGUGCAGACUUUGGCGAUCUGAAAACGAAACGAAACCGUUAUAUGGGUUAUUCCGUUGUCGAAGAGAAGAAGCUGCUCAGCCAUGACAACUACACUGUAGUGACAGGGUCUCCCAGGGAUGAGCACAAGGGCUCCGUGGUGCUUGGGACAAAGAUGGACAAACUGAUCAACACGGUGCUUGUCAUCCCCGGGGUACAAGUGGGCUCUUACUUUGGAAGCAGCCUGGCUGUCACCGACCUUAACAAUGAUGACUGGAAUGAUCUGAUCGUGGGGGCCCCGUAUUACUUUGACCGUAAGAAAGAUCAUGGUGGAGCGGUGUAUAUCUUCAUGAACGAGAACGGGUCGUUCCAAAAGGAAGCCAACGUCGUGCUGAGGGGUUCGUCGGGGUCCGGGUUUGGCUUUGCAGUUGCUGCCAUCGGCGAUGUCAACCAAGAUGGAUUCCAAGACUUUGCAGUCGGGGCUCCAUUCCACGACACAGGGAAGGUCUUCAUAUGGAUGGGAAGUAAAAAGGGGAUCUCGGAGGAACACAGUCAGGUGAUUGUAGGUAAGACAUUAGGUAAUGGUGGUUUCCAGACCUUCGGCUACUCCAUCAACGGAGGGAUGGACAUGGACGACAACAGUUACCCUGACAUCUUAGUUGGCUCUCUGGACGACCGCAUUGCCCUGCUCAGAGCUCGACCAGUCAUCCACUUAACUAACAACUUCACUGUUAAGCCGGAGAUUGUGGACACCAAUCAGUGUCCUGGAGAUACAGUAUGCAUUAAAGUGACGCUGUGCAUGGCUUUCACGCCGAGCAAUGGAAACAAAGACUUCAGGAAAAAUAUAACGGUGAACUACACAGUGGAGGCGGACAUGCAGAGGAGAAGAAGCCCCCGAGUUCAUUUCCAGAACAAAAAUGACAACACAUUCACCGGCCUACUGAGCCUGCCCUCCUCCAAGGCCACAUGUCAAACUCUAAACCUCGUCGUAGUGGGGUCUGUGAGGGACAAACUGGAGCCAGUGGUCUUUUCCCUCAACAUGGCUUUACAUGAGCAGAAACCUCAAGCCAAACGCAAACUGCAGAACCUGGACUUCUACCCAGUCGUGAGCCCGGAGCAGAAACUCACACAAAGAGCUGAGAUUGACUUUCAGAAGGAGUGUGGCUCAGACAACAAAUGCAGCAGUAACCUGAAGCUCACGGCUGAGUUUGUCGACGACAAAGAUAACCCUUACCCCCGGAAGGGCAAAUUCCAGGUACUACAGUUCAGCAGCACUAUGAAGAUAAUAAGACUGAAGGUGGAAGUGACUAACUUCCCUUCCGGGGGGAAGCUGGGUGAGGACGCCCAUGAGGCCAUGCUCAACAUCACCAUCCCAGAGGCACUAAGGUACUCUGGCGUCAGGUCAAAGGACGGUGAGGUGGAAUGCAGUUUGGACAGCGAAGUAAUUUGUGACCUGGGGAAUCCACUCAGAGGCAACGAGAAGGUGUCACUCUUCCUCAAGUUUGAAACAUCAGGGAUUAAUCUGAACACACAAGAGAUCCUGUCUCAUCUGCUUCUGUCCACUCUCAGUGAACAGAGUGACCUGAAGCCUGUGCCCGUGGCCCUGCUGAUUGAAAACACCAUCCAUCCAACUUUAUCCAUAGAGAAACCCCGCGUGCAAACAAAAUUCGGUGGGACAGUGAAGGGCGAGAUGGCCAUGAUCAACACCAGUGACGUGGGCAGUCUGGUGGAGUUCACCUUCGAUGUGAAAAUGAGGGGCCAGCCUCUGGGAGACCUGGGGACCCUGGCUAUUGAGUUUGAUUGGCCCUAUGAGGUUGACAACGGCAAGUGGUUGCUGUACCUGACAAAGAUUGUCGUCAUGGGGGAAUCGGAGACGGAAUGUAACCCUGCUGAAGCGGUCGUCAACGUGCUGAACCUCACUUUGUCAGGGAGUGGACCAAAGCGCACUAAACGGCAGAUCGAGGUGGAUGGCGCUCAGGAUGUGACCCAGCCACAAAUCAUCGAGCCACAAGCUGCAAUCUCAGUGGGCGCUCAUCGAAAAGUGUCCCACCUAUUGGAAUGCUCCAAGGGGACGGCAAGAUGCGUGAAGUUCGCCUGCCCACUGCAUAACAUGACAGACUCAGCCAAGAUUCUUGUGCGGUCACGUUUGUGGAACAGCACAAUGCUAGAGGACUUUUCCAACGCUCUGAGAGUGACAGUCAGAGGGGAAGCCGAACUGAAGCUCAUUACAGAUAAACCAACCAUCAAGAUUGAGAGUGUGCCCAUCAUGUUCACAGUCGAAAUAGAGCCGGAGGAGGGAGUGGAACCACCCUACGAGCUCCCGCUGUGGAUCAUCAUCUUGGCAGCUGUAGCUGGAGUUCUACUACUGGGAAUCAUAAUUAUUAUUCUGUGGAAGCUUGGAUUCUUUAAGCGGGAGCUCUACUACCGGAUGAUGCCAAAGCACCAGGGGGUGAAAAUUCGCAAGUCUGAGCGCUAUCAGCUCAAUCUGGGAUUUCAGCCUGAUGAGCCACAGAAAAAGUAUUGGAUAACCAACUGGACAGAGAUGCAGCGUUACUACUACUGAGGCCUUAACUCUGAACUCUGAACCACUCCCGCUCCUCACGGGCUCGGGCCAAACAAAGGGCACUGGGUUCCGUUGAGCAACAUGGACUUUGCAGUGCAUGGACCAUGGACAAAGCCCUGAAACUGUUUUUAGUUUUUUAUUUCCAUAAGAUUUCAUUGACUCUAUCAGUGCAAUAUACUGAACAUUUUUGUUUCAGAGAUUGUAAUUUCUUAAGUAUUUUUCGAAGAAUGCUGUGUUGUACGUUGGAAUUGGGGUUGCAUUCAGGAGUAAUAUGUAAACUGUUUUGAUUCACGUUGCAGGAUUUUAUGUACUGAACUCUGUGUUUGCAUGAAUACUUUCAUUUCUUUUAAUUUUUUGAGCAAACUUACUGGACAUUCCUCAUGUUUAUUUUGCACCAUAUCUGUUUUAUUUUAAUUUUCUGUGAUUGCUCAUGCGCUUUUCAGCUGCCAGGCAUAGCGGGUUUAUAACCUAAAACAGACCUUUUUUCAACUGCACUUAAAAUAUGUUGACAAUAUGUAUUUUUGUUCAUGUCUGUGUUUGGAAGGCAUCACAUAGAACCAGCAUCUGAACUGUAGCUGUGGUUGGACUCUCAUUUGCAGAAUGGGAACUUUUUAGUUUUUAAAGCUACCUUGAAAUAUUGCUUUUCUAAAUUCAGAGAGGUACAGAGAAAAAGUGGUACACAGCCGCGAGCUAUAACGUUUUAUAGCCAAGCUGGACAUGUUUUAAUUGCCCCUUUUAAAAUUCCAUUCCUUUAAAAACUUCCAAGCACCUCAGCAACACAUUGAAAAAAUGGUUCUUGUUUGUCCAGAAUUAUCCAACAUUUUACGAUGAGAUCAUGGGAUCACUUGAUAUUUAUUUAUUACACUCUUUUGUGUUAUUACCGUAAAGAACCUACCUGGAUAUCUUACAUAUAUCCCACACAGGGAGUCACAACACUGGAUUAAAGAACACACGGUAUUAUGUCUGUGUGGAGAAAUUAUAUUUUAAGCUUCAGCAUUAAUAGCUGCAUCAUAAAUUGUACAUAGUGACAAGUUAUGUUCAGUUAACUCUUUGAAUGAAUGCAUAUAUGAUUGGCCUUUGUUGUGUUACUGUCCAAAGCUUGUGUACAAGACAGUAGGAGGACCCUCUGGCCGACCCGCAGCACUGAGGAUGUACUGGAUCAGGAGAAGACGAGUCACUGAAUCGUCUCUGAAAGGACCGAGCGUUGCAUUGCUGCUCUGGUCUGUGCUACCUAAGAGCCCACAGCUCUCCUGUGGUGACAGUGGCCAUUACAGAGGCUCCACUGACUCUGAGUGAAGAGGGAAAGGCUGACUGCACAAAUCUGUCCUCUGUGGUGGUGUUGUUGUUUUCUAACUGUACAGUUUCAGUGGAAUUAAAUUGUUUUUCACGA